AUGCUAGUUUCAGCUUGUACAACAACCUGUUGCGGAAGUAGGGUAACAUCAAAGGCGAAAGAUUCUCACUUCGUGUUGUUGUAACCUUUCCAUUCUAGUUUACCAGGAAGAACUCAAGACGACAUGGUGAAGCUCACUGCUAAACUGGUGCUUGCCCGGGCCAGGGCGGCAGACUUAGAGAGCGUGAAAAAGUUAAACUGUUGGGGCAGUGAGCUGACUGAUGUGUCAGUUUUUCGUCAGAUGCCCAACAUCGAAGUUAUAAGUUUGAGUGUGAACAACAUAACGACGUUACAAGACUUCAGAUUCUGCCAGAACCUGCAGGAGCUGUACGUACGUAAGAACUGCAUCGCUGAGCUGUCGGAAAUCUGCUACCUCAAGAGCCUGCCAAAGUUACGGGUGCUGUGGUUGGCUGACAACCCCUGUGAAACAGCUGACAAAGACAAGUAUAAGAUGACAGUACUGAAAACUCUGCCAAAUCUUCAAAAGCUGGACAAUACAAUUGUAACCCCAGAAGAUGUGAACAGGGCCAUUGAGGCAGGGGAGGACCUGAAACUCCCAGAGAAGGAGAAGGAGGUCCUGUUAGAGAACGGAGGAGGCAGAUCCUCCAGCCCUGCUGACCAGGACUCUGACCCACAGCAGUCAGCCAUCGCUGUCACGCUAGAGGAGACAAAUAAAAUCCGAGAGCAGCUGGGCUUGAAGCCACUCCCUGCAGAGAAGUACACACCGAUCCAGACUAGAGCUGUCCCUUCUACUAGUAAACACAGGAAUGCCAACAUCCUAAGUGCUGUUCUGGCCCUGGUGAAGGAGCUAGACCAUGAGAGCCUAGAGACUGUCCAACAUGCAGUCAAACACAGACUGGACUCAUUCUAGAGCACAAGGACAUGAAAGUAAACUUAAAGAUAAGGUGUAGAUAAUAAGAUCAUGAUGGUUCUGAAAAGGCUUGUCUUGUACAUUUUCUGUCAGCUGUACCUUCAGUGGAGGGAAAGUUGUUGCCAUAUCCAGCCAAAUCAAGAAUACAAACUGUGCUAUCAUAAUGAGAUUAUACCUCAUUGACUCGACCUUGUACAGGGAGAGUACAAUAUGCAGUAUUCCUGGGAAUCGCUAGAUGGUGCACACAUACAAAGAAAAGCAAAAAAAAAGCAUGAUGGGACCUCACGUGAUGACGCCCCUUCCCAAUCAUCAUUAUAAUAACCUAAUAGAGAUACAUAGUGUUUUUGUUAUAUCUAAAUGAUACUUGCCAAAACAUUAACUUCUACUAGAUGAUCCAUGUUACCUGAAUUCUUGAAAGUAUGCCCACCUCACUGUUGGUUUAACAGUGUCAUUCAUUGUUGAAUGUGCAAAUAGGUCCAAAUACUAUUCUCAAGAGAUGGCUGCCAAAGAUACUAUAUAUCAAAGUAGUGAAGACAUUAUAUUUUGUACUGUCAGGGGAAAGUUGGUAUGUUCAAAGACAUACAGCAAAUAGGAAUCUGAUAUAAGUAGACACAAGCCACAUUAAAUGCUGUGUAAUUGUAAUAGGUGACCAGGAUGUUUGUAAGUCGUUUUUCUGAUAAUGUAUAAGUCGGAAACAAAAAUACUUUGCACAUGUAUAUACACGAGUGAGUACAUGUACCUACCAUAUCUGACAGAUAUGUAAACAAAUGUGGGCCACUUCAAUGGCUGUGAUAAUAUUGUGAGACAUGCUGACACAUCUAUAAAUUGUUUUUCUUUAUUUUGGAGAAAGUUCUCCUGUGGAACAAUUUGUGAAGAUUAUUUUUUAAAUUCUGACAUGGUUGAUUGGUCUAAUGCUUCUAUAGGGCAAUGAUUUUUGUUUCAUUUCUAGAGAAGAUCAUAGCCUUAAGUCACCUGUGGUGUGAGAUGUGGAAUAAGUAAGAACUUAUAGCAGCUAUAUGCUAAGGUUACAUGUAGGUGUGACAGGUUAGUUAGUGUAAUAUGGCCAGCUUACGUUGCAUGCCUGUGUAGAUGAUGUAUGUAAUGCUGAAGACUGUUAUAUACUGAACGUAAACAGAUUUCUAAGUUUGUGUACUGUACUUGCAAGAUGAAACUAAAGUUAGUCUGUUUAGCAUUGUAAAUCAAUGGGCUUAGACUCAGCUGUGUAAGACUAAUAAGACUCUUCUCAAUGUUUGCCAUAUUUAUACAUACCUGUUGAAGUUGCUGUGUCAAGAAAAUACAGUAAUGCUUUUUGUUACUAA